GUCAUUGUCUUCCCCCGUUUCCUGGUCACAAACCAUUUUUCAUUUUAUGCUUAAUUUCCCAUUCCUUUCAGCCACCAAAUCCGACAGUCAUUUUAAUUUCGCCGCAAAAUCUGAACCUUUUAACUGUUUCCUUCGCCAUUGCUCCUAAAAUACUUGACCUAGGGUAAAGCAGGGAGCCAGAGUCGCAGAAUCCAUGGAAACGCAGUAUGAAAAACUCGAGAGAGAAGACUCUAUUACCGACAGUUCCUCAGAAGACGUGGGUAACAUGACAAAGUUUCAUAAAGAGGAGCAGGAGAUAGAGAAGGAGUUAGCAGAUGUAACGUUUGAGGAAUUGCAGAAAGCACGCUCGAAUGGGGCACAUGCUUUUUUGCGGAAACCCAAAGAAGACAAAAAGUUAAAAAGGGCUAACAAGAAUAGGCCGAUGGAGGCCAGUAGCAAGAAGCCAGUUUCUGCUUUUAGAGAGGUCAUCCAAGCUCCAAAGAAGGUUGUACGUGAUCCAAGAUUUGAAUCUCUUUGUGGUACACUUGACCCUGAAGGGUUUAAGAAGAGGUAUAAUUUCUUAUAUGAAAACGAUCUUCCUGCUGAAAGACAGGCUCUGAAGAAGGAAUUGAAAAAGUAUAAAGAUCCGAAGCGCAUAAGUGAAAUAGAAGAACGAAUAUCAUGGAUUGAAAAACAAAUGAAGUCUGAUUCAACGAAGAAUAUUGAUACAGAAAUAUUGGCGAAUCAUAAAAAGAAAGAGAGAGAAGCAGCAAAGCAGGGGAAACGUCCUUUUUAUCUAAAGAAAUCUGAAGUACGGAAACAAAGGCUGAUUGAGAAAUAUAAUCAGCUCAAGUCAUCGGGCAAACUUGAAGCAUUUGUUGAGAAAAGGAGGAGAAGGAAUGCUGCUAAGGACCACAGAUACAUGCCGUAUCGUAGAUCUGGUGAUGUCGAAUAAAUUUUGUAGCUUCUUAAGCUAUAAUUGUAAACUAGAAUAUAGCACCAAAAAGAAAAGUAAUAUAUGUUUUCUGGCUGCCAGCUUUGGGGAUUGAAUAUUGACGUUUGUUGAUGGCAUCAUGAAAUUUGUUUUGUGACUCUUGAAGGUUUACUAAUUAUCAGGGAAUGAAUUGGUGGCACUUGGCUACUAGGCAGUCUUUUGAGUCUGUAUUAUGUACUUGUAGGAGGGAUGUCUUUUCCAUUAUCAUUAGGUUACUUGUUUAAGGAACCGUUUGUUUAAGAUUUUCUCAGAAAGAAAAUCUGAAUAUGAAAAAAAGGCUUUCUUAUUACUCUUAGA